CGAACAGGCAGCUGCCCUCCAAUCGCCUGUCACGAGCUUCAUCUUGAACAUGGCGCAUUGCGUCGGCAGCUAGGUAGGAAAACCAAAGCUUCCACCUUCAUUUCGCCUCCAGUGAGGUACUGAAGCAACUCAUACUAUGGUUCCUGCUUGACUUGAGCAUCCCUGUACGUAAUUAUGGCGGGCGAGCACACCCCUUUGCUUGCGACGGUCAGGGUCGGCCCUCCCCCGAGGCGGUAUCCUCAUCAUGUGCUGCGUCGAUUCUGCACCAUUGCACUCUCAUCCAUUCUCAUUUGGUUCUUAAUCUCUAUAUUCGUGACUAUUAUCGUCUAUCCCGACCCACCACACCAUCCAGAUCACUCUCGUCACGACCAUCCUCGAUGGAGAUGGCCAGGAUGCAAGGGUAGGAAGCUCACAUACGAGCAACUCAAGGAGAUCCUGCUUGAGACACCGAAUAGUGAGAAAGCAGAGGAGUGGAGUAGGUAUUAUACCGGAGGAGCUCAUCUGGCAGGGCAAAACUACUCACAGGCUCUGUGGACUAAAGAGAAAUGGGAGGAAUUCGGAGUCAAAUCAGACAUUGUUGCCUACGAUGUUUAUCUCAACCGGCCAGCUGAUCACCGUUUGGCACUGCUGGAAAAGGGGCACGGGAAAGAUGCUUCAGGCUGGAAUGUUGCGUUCGAGGCUUCGUUGACUGAGGACAUCCUCGAGGAGGACCCGACAACCGGGUUCGAUAACAGCAUUCCGACUUUCCAUGGUUACUCCGCCAGUGGGAAUGUUACUGGCCCCGUUGUUUACGUCAACUACGGAACCUAUCAAGACUUUGAGGAUCUGCUCAGGGCCAAUGUCAGCCUGAAAGGCAAGAUUGCCAUUGCGCGCUACGGGGGCAUCUUCCGAGGCCUCAAGGUUAAGCGUGCACAGGAGCUGGGCAUGAUCGGAACCAUUCUCUAUAGCGAUCCCGGUGACGACGGCAAGAACACAGAGGAGAAAGGGGUAGAGAAGUAUCCUGACGGGCCCGCCCGGCAAGCCAGUAGUGUACAGCGAGGAAGUACGCAAUUUCUUAGCAUUGCACCAGGAGAUCCGACAACACCGGGAUAUCCAUCCAAGCCGGGGGCUCCUCGGGGACCUACCGACAAGUACAUCCCCAGUAUUCCAUCCAUUCCAAUUUCCUACAAGGACGCACUUCCAAUCCUCAAAGCUCUCAAUGGUUAUGGUCCUCGGGCCAAAGACUUUAACAAGUACUGGACCAGGAACGAGGGACUUGGAUAUAAAGGCGUCAAAUACAAUGUCGGCCCAACACCAGAAGAUGUUGUCGUGAACUUGUAUAAUCAACAAGAGUAUAUCACUACGCCUAUCUGGAACGUCAUCGGCACCAUCAACGGGACGAUCCCCGACGAGGUCAUUAUUGUCGGGAACCACCGCGAUGCCUGGGUCGUGGGAGGCGCGGCUGAUCCGAAUAGCGGUUCCGCCAUCCUCAACGAGGCCAUCCGGUCCUUUGGCGUCGCCCUCGAGAAAGGCUGGAAGCCUCUCCGGACCAUCGUCUUUGCCUCUUGGGACGGAGAGGAGUAUGGGUUGGUCGGAAGCACGGAAUGGGUCGAAGAGUACAUCCCUUGGCUUAGCGGAGCGAAUGUGGCUUACAUCAAUAUUGAUGUUGGCGCCAGGGGAAAGCACUUCAAAGCCUCGGCUGCCCCGUUGCUGGACAGCCUCAUCUACGAGGUUACUUCCCAGGUGCAAUCACCUAACCAGACUGUCAAAGGCCAGACAGUCGCCGAUGUCUGGGAUGGACACAUCUCCACGAUGGGUAGUGGGAGCGACUUCACGGCCUUCCAGGAUUUCGCGGGAGUUCCCUCCCUCGACGUCGGUUUCGAGUCUAGCCCCAGCGAUCCGGUCUAUCAUUACCACAGCAAUUAUGACAGCUUCUACUGGAUGAAGAACUACGGCGAUCCGGGAUUUCUCUACCACCGCACUAUGGCCCAGGUCCUGAGUCUUCUUGCCGCCCGGCUGGCUGAUACAUUGACCAUCCCUUUCAGCGCAGAGGACUAUGCCCAUGCCCUGAAAUCCUACGUCAAAAAGGUCGAAGACAUCCUCCUCACACCACCCUCAGCCCGGUCCUCCGAGGAUGACGAGGAUAUCUCGCUACUCGCCGAUGAUGAUAUCUUCAAUAUUCGCUCUAGCAUUCGUUCGGGCGACCUCGCCGUCACGGACAGCUUCCCCCCUUCUGACGAACUAUUCAGCCGCCUGUACGACGCGGUUGAAGAGCUGACCAGUGUGGCCAUCGCCUUGGAUGAGCACGCGAAGGACCUGGAGCGCCAGGCCGCAGACCACAUCCCCUGGUGGCGCUGGCCGGCCAAAAUCAAGCUGGGUUUCAAGAUCCGCAAGGUGAACACGAAAUACAAGUACCUCGAGCGGAACUUCUUGUACCCCGAGGGACUCGACGGCAGGAACUGGUUCAAGCAUGUCGUAUUUGCGCCUGGACUGUGGACCGGAUAUUCUGGCGCUGUGUUCCCCGGUCUGGUGGAAAGUAUCGACACGAGGGAUGAAGCACGAUUCAACAAAUGGACUGAUAUCAUUGAAAAUGCUAUCCUGGACGCCGCGGAGAGCCUGAAAUUGCACCGAUAGUUGGGAUCGCGCGGCACCUUGCUAUGUUUGACGGGUUCGUACAAUGCAAUGUCAAGACCGGAAUUAUAUCUGGGGAUGUGGCCCUCAAAACCUCAGGGGUAUAUAUGGUCGACUGAAUCGGAGGGUUGGUUAAUAGAGAAUUGAGGAAGCUCAUCACUGCAGGCAAUGGAAUAAACCGUUGAUGGUGGCCCUUGACAUCGAGAAGGCAGUAUCCCUUUUAUAGUUGACGCCUGGUAUCCUGAUUGCUAUCUUUAUUACGGGUAUAUAGAUAUAUUUCUACCGACUAGACAAAAACGCAGUAAACAAAGGUAUCCCGCAUGCCCUCUCAACCCUCCUUGGCUGGUUCGCCGGCGCCGGAACCGCACAGUACGCCUUCCAAGCUUUGGGGUCCAAAGAAAGUGAAAGAGAAGAAUGUGCUUGAGGGAGGAAGGGUAGGGGUAGAAGAAGGGAAAACCCAAAAUUCAAAAG